AUGGAUCGUGAUAUUAAUGAAUUUCAACUUAUCUCGGAAAAAAUAAAAGUAUCUACUAUAGCCAAAGAAGCUAAAGAUGUACAUUUUGAAAGAAAUAUUAGUGUUAGUGAUGAAGAUUUAUUAUUGACAAAUAAAUUAAACAAUGAACAACGAACAGCUUACAAUAUAAUCCUUGAAAGAGUGUUCUCAAAUAAAACUGGGGCUUUCUUUAUUGAUGGUCCUGGUGGAACUGGUAAAAGUUUUUUAUAUCGUGCAUUAUUAGCUACUGUGAGACAUAGAGGGUUUAUAGUUUUGGCAACUGCAAAUUCUGGUGUUGCAGUCUUGCUUCUUCCUAGAGGUCGCACUGCUCAUUCUCGAUUUAAAUUGCCUAUAAAUAUUGAUGGAAAUUUUAGUUGUAAUAUUAGCAAACAAAGUUCAUUGGCAUCUUUAAUCCGUGAUGCAAAAUUAAUAGUUUGGGAUGAAAUCUCAAUGGCAAAAAAAAAAAGAUCGUAG